ACGAAUAGUUUCACGUAGAAGAGGUGUGCUGGGAGACCAAUGAACAAAUUGUAAACAGAAAGGAAGUGCGUUUCAAACACCAGCAUGCUUUGUGAUGCUUUUUAAUCAAGUCUCAAAACACAGACAAGCUGAUAAUGGCUUUUACAUGAACAUGCUUUUUGUGAUGAUAUUAAAUACACGAGAAGAAUGACAUCCUUCCCGAUCUUUCUUUGCUUCUUGGAGUUCUUCGCUUAUUCUGGAUCAGUGAGAGUUAUUUAUGAAUCUGGAGUUCCCAAGAUUUUCCACCCAAGAAAAGAGUUCCAGACAGAAUAUGACACAAAUUCAAACCCAAACCUGGAUGGCAAAGGAAAUCAAGCCUCAAGCCAAACGAAGAAAGUAAAGAAGAUAGUAACAAAAGAUUUUCUUGUAAACAUUAAAAAGAGUGGUAACAGCAAAGCAAGUGCAACAGUGAAACAAUUAGAUGCUGAUGCCAAGAUCGAUUUAGGGUUGCCAUUGGUGAGAGAAAUUAGUUUAGAGGACAAAAGCAUAGUUGGAGAACAUGUGCCAGACAACUUAAAGGAAACAUUGAAGAAUGUUCUAACUAGAGAAAUUGUUAGACGAUUGUCGGGAGGGAAUGUGGGAAUUUUUGAAGGUGAUGCACAAAAGGAAGAGACUAAUAACGUAAUUGAGAGUCCAUUGAAGAAAAGAAAACUCACAGAAAUGUUUGUGCGUUAUAUGGAACACCUAGCUAACAAACUAAAGGUGGACGUCGUUACUGUGGCAGAACAGCUGAUAUCGAGGUCUGGUGAAACAGAGGCAGAAAGCACAAUGGGGUUCACUCGAAAUAUCAUUCCUGCUGUGCCGUCGAAGUUCAGGUCGAUUUUGAAGACGAUGUCUAGGAUCAUCAACACUGAACUAGCCUCUGCGGUUGUUUUGAAGAACAAUUAAGAAUUUUUGAUGUUAAUAGACUUUUUGUAGGUUUAAACUCUUUAGAUUUUAGUUUUGUUAUUAAGUCUUUGUGUUGUUACUAACAUGUGCUCUACCAAUGCAGGGAAAAAUUUGCCUGCAACUUCCUUACAGUUAUCUCCUCUAAAGUUUCCUACGACAAAUUGACAGUCACGAUACACGUCAUGCAUAUGGAUAUACAGAGGAAUAACAACGCUAUGUGAACAAAACGGGUUUUCGCCUCAUAUGAUUUUUAUUUU